GGGGCGCUGCGCGGCGGCGGCGGCGGCUCUCUCGGCCGGCUGUCGCCGCUCGUUGGCGCGUCCUUUCCCAGCAUCCCCCGCGGCGGUAACGGAGGCUGUCCGUGCUCGGUGACCUUCGGAGGCAUCCCCCGCGCUCCCGGCGUUAACGAUGGUGCAGGCAAUGCUUCCAAAGUCAUUGAGAGCCAUGAAAUUGUACUUCACCACUGUGUACCAAGAAAUAUGGGUUGGUGUAGCAUUAACUGCUUAUGUCUAUUACAAGAUUUCAUAUGGUGGCAAAAAAGCAGUGGCAGAUAAGUCCUCUGGUGCUGGCCAUCAUUAAAGACCUCUUCUCUUCUUGGAGUAUGAAUUUGGUGGUUCAUCAUCUUUACUUAAAUGAAGCAAGUUACAACCAUAGGGAAGUUGAUUCUAAAACUGUACCUGAUUCAUCUGCUGUAAUUAGACAAAGCAUAAAUCCACUGAGCAACAAGGAAUUAAAGAUGUUGGACAAAGUA